AUGACCUUCAGAGCAAAUCCUCCGUCUCCGUUCACCUUGAGUAACGUCCAGACCGCUCAUGAACUUCUGAAGGGCAAGUGGACUGCACAGGCGAACGCGAAAGUUGUGCAGACGGACGAGAAGAGAACUUCCUCCUGCAAACGCAAGAAAUCACUGCAACACGAGGAAAUGACGUUCAGCAGAUACAAAAUGCGGCGCAUAAUUGACAACCCAGGAAACAACAACUUUCAGAAGAGUAAAGCUUCUUCUGAAAGAGAUACUGGCUGGGUCACCCCUGAGAUUCCUCGAGGAUUCUUCACGACAACAAACAGGGAUAAAAACAUGCCGUUGAACCUCAUACCUGCCGCUGGAAUGAAGUUCACCACAUACGACAAGGCAUGGGACUUUUACAACAAUUAUGCAAGAUGUGCAGGGUUUGGCAUACGCCAGAGGGCACAACACAAGACAAAUACCUACAUUGUCUGCUCAAGAGAAGGGACGCACAAGCAGACUGUGUCAGAUUAUCAAAGGAAACGUCAGAAGACAUCAAAAAGGAUUGACAGCAAGGCAAAGAUUAGGGUCAAAAAGAGGAAGGACGGCAAAUUUGUGAUAGAAAUGGUUGAACUCAACCACAAUCACAAGAUGCUGGAAAGCCCCGGGAUGCUUUUGCACAAGCGUUCGCACAAAAAAGACGAUCCUUUGAUAGACCAGUUAGUGAAAGACAUGCAACUAGACAACCACACACAUGCUCAGAUGAUGUCAACGCUGUCGCGUAUGUCCGGUGGUCUGCAGUACAUGGGACAUACUAGCCGCGACUGGGUAAACAAGAAACAAAAGUUUGUUAGAGAAGAGUCCCAAGACGAUGUCAAGAAACUUCUGGAUUUCUUCGAGAAGAUGCGGAAGAUAAACCCAGAGUUCUUCUAUGAUUAUGACGUUGAUGCAGAUAACCGUGUAAGAAACGUCUUUUGGGCCAACGCAAGUUGCAAAGGAUCGUAUGAAGAUUUUGGAGACUGUGUUACAUUUGACACGACGUAUAAAACUAACAAAUUCCACAUGCCGCUGGGAGUCUUCGUGGGAGUGAACCAUCAUCUACAGAGCACCAUAUUUGCUGUUGCCCUCGUGCGAGAUGAGACAAUACCAUUGUUCGAGUGGGUUUUCAAAACAUUUCUGAGGUGUAUGAACAACAAGCCGCCAAUCUUCAUCCUCACAGACCAGUGUUCUUCGAUGAAGGCAGCAUUAAAAACUAUCCUCCCACAUACUCUGCAUAAGUUGUGUCGGUGGCAUAUCAUGAGGAAGUACAAAGACCACCUCGCCUUGCUGUAUAAGGCGCACGAGAAACUCAAGGAUGAUCUCAAUGCGGUGCUCAACCACCCACUAAUGCCGUCAGAAUUUGAACGAGCAUGGAAGGACCUCAUUCAGAGAUACAACUUGCAAGACGACGAAAGAAGCGAGAGCAUGAACCGCAUACUGAAGCAAAACUUUGUCAAAGAGAAGCAUGAUCUCCAUCUGUUUGCUCAGCAGGUGGACAAGUGCAUUCAGACUAGGAAGGCCGUCGAGCACGCAGAGACAGUAGCAAAUGAGUCAGAAGUAAAGACAACAACCCAGUUUGGGUUCGAAGUUCAGCUAUCAAAAGUGUAUACAAGGGCAGUGUUUGCAGAUUUCAAAGAAACACUCUACCGUAGCACUGCACUCAGAGCAGAACGGUGCCCUGAGAACCCGACAAAGUAUCUCGUACACCACUACAACAGAUCGGAUGCAUUUGACUGGGCAAGGCAUAAUUUCCAAGUGGUCGCCGAUGCACAGAAAGGUGUCUACAAAUGUGAAUGCAAACUCUGGACACACACAGAAACAACAAUGGACCUUGCAAAUAGAGCGACAAGCUCCGACGCUGGGUGCCAUAGGGCGUUGUCUGGUAUGAGGGCACUGAUCGAGGAAGUUGAUGUGCUCAACGAAGAAGAAGAAGCAGCAAAACUAAAGCAAGCAGAGAAAUCCCAGCAUGACAAUAAUGCCGAGCAAGUAGGAACACAAAAGGAUGCAGUUCACAGCGCUGGAAAACGAAAGCCACCAUCAACAAGCAAGCGGGGAGCAAGGAAGGAUGCAGUUCACAACACUCUAAAACAAAAGCCGCAAUCAACCAGCACGAGGGGAGCAAAGAAGGAUGCAGUUCACAGCACUGGAAAACGAAAGCAGCCAUCAACCAGCAAGCGGGGAGCAAAGAAGGAUGUAGUUCAUUCACAGCACUGGAAAACGAAAGUAGCCAUCAACCAGCAAGCGGGGAGCAAAGAAGGAUGUAGUUCACAUCACUUAAAAAGAAAAGCCACCAUCAACCAGAACGCGAGGGACUACAAACACAACGGUGCAGAGACAAGAACCAACAACACCGCCACGGAAAACAAAAGAAAGUGCGACAUUAGACACACUUCAGUCACCGCGGAGAAGCAGCAGGUUAACGACCAGAUAGAUGAACUUCAAUAA